GAAAACAGAAUUUACAUCUUAUGGAAAGAAAAACAGUUUAACACUCAACAGCCACUGUGUAAAAUUGACAAACACAAAAGUACAAAAGCGUAAAUCGAGAUCUCGACCGCUAAUUACACAGUUUUUUUAACGGACAAUCCUCAUCCAACGGUUCACAGCUAAUAGGGUUAACGUCCCUCAUUGCAUUGCAUGAAAAGUCGACUAUUGAUUGCCGAAUACCAGAACCAGCUGAUUCCGAAGAUAUAGAAAGCAACCAACAACAAGAGGACAAGAAGCAGGAAGUAACGGCAGUAAGCAGCCUGACGGCGGGGUUUGCGACGGCGGCGGCCGCCGUCAUCACCUCUCUUCUCCUUGCGCCUCCGUGGACGUCUGUGCUGCUUCAUGGGUGAUUUCUGAGUAAAUUCGAUGCAGCUUCGAGGAAAUUUCACAGACGCGUUAAUGAGUUUAUGCCCAGCUUUGGCCAUUUCAAGAGUGCAAAAAUUGCAAAUGGAGGUUAGGUUUUGGAUGAAUAUUCUGAGCAGGGUUCAGCUUGCAAAUUAUGCGUGUGAGUGCAGACUCACAUAUAGCACCAACAGUGGGAGGGGGAACGAUCGUUUUGGCGCUGUUGUUUUCAACUAGACCCUUCAACAUCUCCUGCCAGCUUCUACAUCAUUCCUCACCAAAACUUGCUUCAAAAUGCAGAACACAGACACCCUAUCAGACUUCUGUGUUGCGGACUACGCAGCCCCUCAAAGCCCUGCAGGCUACUCUUGCAAAAACCCUGCAAAUGUUACGGUAGAUGAUUUCGUAUACACUGGCCUUGAAGUUGCCGGCAAUACCUCAAAUAUUAUUAAAGCUGGACUCAAGCCAGCAUUUGUUUCUCAGUUUCCUGGUCUGAAUGGACUUGGCCUUUCACUGGCUCGGGCAGACUUGGCUGUUGGUGGAGUCCUCCCACUUCACACACACCAGAGAGCUACAGAAAUCAUACUUAUUGUCGAAGGAACAGUAGUUGCCGGGUUCAUUGACUCAAAUAACAAAGUUUAUUUAAAAACUCUGAAGAAGGGUGACAUUAUGGUUUUGCCUCCAGGGUUGUUUCACUUCCAAGUGAAUGGAGGUGAUACUCCUGUACUUGAAUUUGCUGCCUUCAGUAGUGCAAACCCUGGUGUGCAGAUUCUGGAGAAUUCACUGUUUCAAAACGAUUUACCUACAGAAUUGAUAGCACAGACUACAUUCCUCGAAGCUGCUCAGAUUAAGAAACUUAAGGGUUUUCUUGGUGGUACUAAUUGAUACACGGGAUUAUUACAUGUCUUUCUAUGAAUUGUAAAAUAAUCCUUUGA